AUGGAGGAGAGAUGGCUGCUGCUGUUUCCUCCUCUAGCUGUGGCAGAGACCACUGGACUGGGCACAUUUAAUCCUCCAGAUGCUGGUCCCAGAGAUGAGCCAUGUACCUGGAUGACUGGACAUCUCACUUUCCCCCUGCUGUCGGUCACCCUUCUGGUGUCUUUUGGCUCCUCCAUGCUCUAUGGCUACAACCUUGCCGUGGUGAACUCACCAGCAGUGCACAUAAAGGCUUUCUACAAUGCCACGUGGUCCCAGCGGUACGGACAUGAGCUGACCCCUGGCCCCUUGACCCUCCUCUACUCCCUGACUGUCUCCAUCUUUGCCCUGGGAGGGCUGGUGGGCUCCCUGCUGGUUGGGAUGCUGGUGGAGCGAUAUGGCAGGAAUGGCGCUCUGAGCCGCAGUGCUCUCCUCGUCCUCCUGGCCGGCGGCUUCAUGGGCUUCAGCCGGGAGCUGGGGUCCCCUGAGAUGGUGAUCAUCGGUCGCUCCAUCACAGGGCUCCACUCAGGUAUCUGUCUCAGCGUGGUGCCCCUCUACCUGGGAGAAAUCGCCCCCAAGAACCUGCGGGGUUUCCUGGGCCUCAUGCCCAGUAUCUUCAUCUGCCUGGGGGUUUUUGCUGCACAGGUCCUGAGCCUCCCAGAGCUGCUGGGUGAGCUCCUGCUGCUGCACUGCUUCCCCGAGAGCCCACGAUACCUGCUGAUAGAGAGAAACGAUAUCUGUGGAGCCACCAAGGCACUUCACCAGUUCCUGGGGACCCCUGAUGUACAGGAUGUGAUCAAGGAGAUGAAGGAGGAGCAGCGGUCACUCUCCUCCAUGGAGAUGGUCUCUGUGUGGCAGCUGCUGCGGGACCGCUCCGUCCACUGGCAGACCCUCUCGGUGGUGGUGGUGAAUGCCGGCAUGCAGCUCUCAGGGAUUGAUGCCAUUUGGUUUUACACCAAUGUCAUCUUCGAGAACGUCGGGAUCCCUGUGUCCCAGAUCCCCUACACCACCGUGGGCACUGGUGCCAUUGAAAUCAUCGCUGGGCUGAUUGGGUGCUUCACCAUCGAGAAGGUGGGCCGGCGGCCUCUCAUCAUCACUGGCUUCUGUGCCAUGGGCAUCUGCUCCGCUGGCAUCACUGUCUCCCUGCUGCUGCAGGCUGCCCUGCCCUGGAUGCACUACGUCAGCGUCGCCUGCGUGGUCGGCAUCAUCGCUGGCUUCUGCAUGGGACCAGCUGGUGUCCCCUUCCUGAUGACAGCCGAGCUCUUCACGCAGUCGCACCGCCCAGCUGCCUACAUUGUGGGGGGGUCCCUCAACUGGCUCUGCAACUUCACCAUUGGCUUCAUCUUCCCCUUCUUGCAGAUGUCAGCCGGUGCCUUUUGCUACCUGGUUUUCUGUGGUGUCUGCCUGCUGGUGGCCCUGUAUGUCUACUUCAUCAUCCCUGAGACCAAGAACAAAACCUUCAUGGAGAUCAGUCACAUCUUUGCCACCCGCCGCUCCGUCCUCUCCAUCCCAGCCCAUCUCAGAAUGAUGAGGCUCGAUGGCUAUGGGACCUUGGAGAACAGCUCCCUGGAGGGCUCAGGCUCCAGCCUGCCCUGAUCUGGCUGGGCUGGAGGGGAUUGGGAUGGUGGAGGAGACUCGGGGCUGGAGAAUAAAGUGGGGACCAAUUUGCUCUGAUCUGGUCAGCUCUGGGUCUCCCAGGACAUGUCAACAUGUCACUGUGCUGCAGCCUGUAGCCAGGAUGAUGCACCAGGGUGGCACUGACCGCUGUGCAUGACCCCCAUGCUGGAAGAGAUGCCCCCACAGAGACGAGGGCACCUCCUGUGACUCUCAUCACUCCUG